AUGCCUCCAUCUUCCAACAACAAAAAGAAAAACCCAGCUGUCGACUUAAUUGCUGGUGGUACCGCCGGUUUAUUUGAAGCAUUAUGUUGUCAUUGGUUGGACACUAUCAAAGUUCGUAUGCAAUUGCAGAGAAAAACUGGUGCUAAACCCGCUGGUUUUGUUAGAACUGGUAUCAAUAUCGUCAAAGAUGAAGGUUUCCUCGCUUUAUACAAAGGUUUAGGUGCUGUCUGUAUAGGUAUUGUUCCUAAAAUGGCCAUCAGAUUCACCUCUUAUGAAUUUUACAGAAAUUUGUUAAGAGAUGACAAUGGUUCUAUAUCCACUGGUUCCACCUUUAUUGCCGGUGUCGGUGCUGGUACCACUGAGGCCGUUUUAGUUGUCACUCCUAUGGAUUUAGUCAAAAUCAGAUUACAGGCUCAAAAGAACUCAGAAGCUGCUCCUAAGUAUAAAAACGCUGUGCAUUGUGGUUACGUCAUUAUAAAAGAAGAAGGUUUUUCUGCUCUAUUCAGAGGUGUUACUUUAACCGCUGCCAGACAAGCCUCUAACCAAGGUGUUAACUUCACUGUCUACUCCAAAUUAAAAGAAUACUUGCAAAAGGAACAAAACACCCAAGUCUUACCAUCAUGGCAAACAUCUGGUAUCGGUUUAAUCUCCGGUGCCUUAGGUCCAUUGUCUAACGCUCCUUUAGAUACCAUCAAAACAAGAAUGCAAAGAGAAACCGGUAAGUCAACUGAAUCUGGUUUAGCAAGAAUGACUAGAAUCGCUAGAGUAUUAAUCGCUGAAGAAGGCUUCAAUGCUUUAUAUAAAGGUAUUACUCCAAGAAUUAUGAGAGUCGCUCCAGGCCAAGCUGUUACUUUCACUGUUUAUGAACUUAUGCAAGGUGUUUUAGAUAAAGUUCCAUACAUUGGAUCCCAGCAAACUGUUUUUGAAAAAUAA